GGCGGGCCAGCAGCAGGAAGCGGCGCUUGGGCCUCCUCCUCGCGCGGGCCGCCGGCGAUGGAGUUCUCGGAGGAGCAGCUGAGGAAGUGGCUGAGCAAGUAUAAAUUCCGAGAUCUGACCAUAGAAGAACUGAAGAGCAUACAUGAGUCGUACCCAAACACCACAUUUGCCAUGAAUACUUACACUUUUAAGGAUGGUUCCCAGAAAGACCUUUUGAAUUGCAGUGGCACUGUUCCAGUGAAAUACCAGGGUAAUUUGUACAACAUUCCAAUUUUCCUAUGGAUUUUAGAUUCUCAUCCUUUUACUCCUCCAAUCUGCUUCUUAAAGCCCACUGCAAACAUGGGGAUUUCUGUAGGAAAGCAUGUAGAUGCCCGGGGAAGGAUAUACUUGCCCUAUCUACAAAACUGGAGUCAUCCGCAGUCCAUGAUCAUAGGGUUAUUAAAGGAAAUGAGCGCAAAAUUUGAAGAGGAGCUCCCUCUGUUCUCAUUAUCAUCUUCAGAUGCAGCCAGACAGUCAGAGCUGCUCUCUUACAUUGCAAAAAUCACUGAAGGUGAAGACAACAUUCAGUCCAAGGGAGAGGGAAAGAAAAAUGAUGGAGGAUUUAACAAAGUUACAGUGAUUGGAGCAGGUGAUCUGGGCCUUGCUUGUGCACUGGCUAUUUCAGCAAAGGGUGUUGCUGACAGAGUGGUUGUCUUGGACUGCUCAGAAGGUACCAUGAAAGGAGCAGCUAUGGACCUGGAAAUCUUUGCCUUGCCUAAUGUGGAAAUCAGCAGAGAUUUUUCCGCCUCAGCAGGCUCGAAGCUGGUGGUGCUAACAGUGAAUUCUUUAGGCAAUGCUCAGUCUUAUCUGGAUGUUGUACAGAGCAAUGUUGAACUGUUCAGAGGCAUCAUUCCUUCAGUAGCACAUUAUAGCCAACAAAGUGUACUGCUUGUGGCUUCUCAACCAGUGGAAAUAAUGACAUAUGUAUCAUGGAAGAUGAGUGGAUUUCCUAAAAGUCGGGUUAUCGGAAUUGGUUGUAAUCUAGACUCUGCAAGAUUCCAAUAUAUUAUUGCAAACCUAUUAAAAGCCCAAAUCAGAGGCAAAGAUAAUUGGAUUAUUGGUGAACAAGGGGAAAACAAAGUGGCAGCCUGGAGUGCUUCUAAUUCAGUGACAAGUCAUCAGGAUGAAGAUAUAGCAAAUCAAAAUGCCCAGCAUCUCUUAGCUAACAGGGCCAUGGAAGUUCUGAAAGGAAGAGGCCAAAAAUCCUGGUCUGUUGGUCUAUCAAUAGCUGAUCUGGCAGACAGUAUAUUGAAUGAUAAAAGGAAAGUACAUUCCAUAUCAACGAUGGUGAAGGGAUGUUACAAUAUAAACUCUGAAGUAUUUUUAAGUGUGCCUUGUGUGCUGGGAAUCAGUGGAGUGACUGAAGUCAUCAAACUGCUGGAUAAAGGUACUGUGGCACAGGAGCUUCAGUCCACAGCUGCCUCGAUUCAUGAUCUUCAACAGCAGCUGAAACUCUGAAUACCAGCUAGGCAUAACUUGGUCUCUGAGAUAUUUGAGAGUUGCAGAAAAGACACUAUUGCCUAGGUGGCUGCUAAAAAAAGAAUACCUCACAAUGUUGAAGCUUUGCUAAAUUUGGUGUAUAUUUAAUUAUAGGGCAUGCUAAA